GGAGCGCCGCCGCCGCCGCCGCUCGGGCCCAGCCGCCAUCGCUCGUCAUCGGCGGCCGCGGGCCGGGUAACCGGGCCCAGAUCCGCGCCCCUCGGCCCAGCGCCCGCCCCGCGACCCUCCGCGGGUGGAAUCGGCCCCGCCGGAGCGCGGGGUACGGCAGGACGGGCGGCGAGAGGGGAUCCGGCCGGCCGAGCCGCUGGGAGCCGGGGCCGCUCCCCUGAGAGAGGCCGAUAGGGAGGCGACGGAGGCCCUGACGCAGCGGCCCCCUCCUUCCCCUGCCUCCCUCGCUCCCCUCCCUCCCGCCCCAGACAGCGAGGAAGGCGCCUCCGGGCAGGGCCGCUCGCCUCCGUCUGCCCGUCCCCUCUCUCCGAGCCCCGCUCCCCGGCCCGGCCGCCGCCCGGCGCCAUGGCGUGCGGCGCCACUUUGAAAAGGACUCUGGAUUUCGACCCGCUGCUCAGCCCGGCGUCCCCGAAGCGGAGGCGAUGUGCGCCAUUGUCAGCCCCGGCCUCGGCCGCCGCCUCCUCCUCCUCCUUCGCCUCCCCGCAGAAAUACCUGCGCAUGGAGCCCUCGCCCUUCGGAGAGGUGUCCUCCCGGCUCACCACAGAACAAAUUCUGUACAACAUAAAACAGGAGUACAAACGCAUGCAGAAGAGGAGACACUUAGAAAAUAGCUUCCAGCAGACAGAUCCUUGUUGUUCUACUGAUGCACAGCCACAUGCGUUUCUUCUUACUGGACCAGCUUUGCCAGGUACUUCAUCUGCAGCAUCAUCACCAUUGAAAAAAGAACAGCCUCUGUUUACUCUCAGACAAGUUGGAAUGAUCUGUGAACGUUUGCUGAAAGAACGUGAAGAGAAAAUCCGUGAAGAGUAUGAAGAAAUUUUGACCACAAAACUUGCAGAACAAUACGACGCGUUUGUGAAGUUCACGCAUGAUCAAAUCAUGCGACGAUAUGGAGAACAGCCUGCCAGUUACGUUUCAUGAAUCACAUUUUCUGCAUACGUGGGCUGCCCUAUCCACCCCGUUUUAUUGUUGCAAGCUGUCCCAGUAAUGACUUGCAGCAAUGCCAUAUUUUUUCCCCCUGUCAACACAGGUUACUUCAAGCUUUUGUCAGUGGCAACCACUCUUAUGCAGCAACUGGUUUUGGAGUGCUCCCUGAUGUCAGUACCACCUGGAUGUGGACCUUUGCUACCUGUAAUAAUACCAGUGGCCUCAUUUGCUGUAUCAUUACAAUUUGGCUUCUUAUGUUAAUAAGUUUGAAAAAGUAAAGGAUUAAAGCUGAUGUUCUAGAAGUUGCCCUUCACUGGUUGUGUAAAUAAAAAUGUAGAAUGACACUUCUGACCGAAGUUAGUGUGGUUUUCAUAACUGUGCACUACAACAAAGCUGUAAUCACAGUUAAAUUAGAAUGUAAUCCCAGGACAAUUUUAAGCAAAUAGCCCACAGUACUGCCUGUGAAAUAGUGAAGGAGGGCAUUUCUGUAUUCCAUGACUUUUUUGGGGGUUAAGAAUGGGUUUAUAUGAUUUCUCAUUUUUGUAGUUUUUAUUUAUUCUCUCAGUCUUUAACAAAUGUUUAUUGCUGCAAUUUUUCAGUGUAUCAUUGUUUUACUGCCCUUGUAGUACUGGAAUUUAGUUGGAAGAAUAAAACAUUUACUUCUAA